AUGAUGUCUCAGUCACUGCAAUUAUCGGCUACAAAAUGUCCAACAGAUGAAUUAUCAUUAUUAAAUUGUGCAAUUGUUAAUGAAAGAGAUAUUGAUUUAAAAAAAGUGAGACAUGUUGAACUUAUAGUUGGUGUUACAUCAAAAUUUAUCUUUACACUUAAAUGUGAUCCUCAAGGAAAAAUAGCACCAGGAAAAAUUGGAUUCAAUAAUUUACAAAGAAAAUGGGCAAGCAUAGAACUAGAAAGAUCAUAUCAAAUUCGACCGUAUACAUUUGAUAAGAGUGUACAAUCAAUAUCCACAUUAAUACUUGAAGUUGAUUUUAUGAAUAAAAAAAAUGUUACAGCAGAUCCAUAUGAUACGGAUAAAAUGGCAGUCGAGUUUCUUCAACAAUUUGUGGAUUGUGCAUUCACCAUUGGACAACCUAUAGCAUUCCAGUUUAUGGACAAAAAACUUUUAUCGGUGGUUGUAAAGGAAAUCCAUGGUGCUGAUUUCUCGGCUGCCGCUCGUGGUCAAAGUCCAAAAGCAAAAACAAUGACUUUCGGUGUAACGUUACCUAAUACAAUGGUUAUAUUUGAGCGUGCAGAAGCAACAUCACUAAACUUGAUAGGAAAAUCCAAAGGAAAAACACAAUUUGUUUCAAUUAUAAAUCCAGAUUUUGAUUUUAAAACAAUUGGUAUCGGCGGACUUGAUAAUGAAUUUAAUGCCAUAUUUCGUCGCGCAUUUGCAUCACGAGUAUUUCCACCAGAAGUUGUUUAUCAACUUGGUAUGAAACAUUGUCGUGGCAUUCUACUGUAUGGUCCACCAGGCACAGGAAAAACUCUUAUGGCUCGACAAAUUGGUAAAAUGUUAAAUGCACGUGAACCAAAAAUUGUUAAUGGACCACAAAUUUUGGAUAAAUAUGUUGGUGAAUCAGAAGCAAAUAUUCGAAAAUUAUUUGCAGAAGCAGAAGAUGAAGAAAAACGCCUUGGAGCAAACAGUGGUUUACAUAUAAUUAUAUUCGAUGAAAUUGAUGCUAUUUGUAAAACUCGCGGUUCAGUGGCUAGUGGUGCAGGUGUACAUGACACAGUUGUAAAUCAAUUAUUAUCAAAGAUUGAUGGUGUCGAUCAAUUAAACAACAUUCUUAUUAUUGGUAUGACUAAUCGUCGAGAUAUGAUUGAUGAUGCAUUAUUACGUCCUGGUCGACUUGAAGUUCAAAUAGAAAUUGGUUUACCGGAUAAAAAUGGUCGUUUACAAAUAUUAAAUAUACACACUGCUCUUAUGCGUCAAAAUCAAAAAUUAGCCGAUGAUGUUGAUUUAAAAGAAUUUAGUGAAUUAACAAGAAAUUAUAGUGGAGCAGAAAUUGAAGGUCUUGUUCGUGCUGCUAUGUCAUUUGCAAUGAAUAGACAUAUCAAAGCUGGUAAACGUGUUGAAGUUGAUCCAGAAGCUGCUGAUAAAUUAAAAAUUUGUCGAGCCGAUUUUAUGCAUGCAUUCGAAAAUGAUAUUAAACCGGCAUUUGGUGUUAGUAAAGAUGAAUUCGAUUCAUAUAUUGCAAAUGGUAUAAUAAUAUGGGGUUCACCCGUUACAGAAGUAUUGGACGAAGGAAAUUUACGUAUUAGUCAAACGAUUAAAAGUGAAAUGACACCAUUAGUAUCGAUAUUAAUUGAGGGUCCACCAAAUAGUGGUAAAACAGCAUUGGCCGCCCAUAUAGCAUUAUUAUCAAAAUUUCCUUAUUUAAAAUUUUGUACAGCUCAAACAAUGUUGGGUUAUACUGAAAUGUCAAAAUGUCAACAAUUAAAAAAAAUAUUUGAAGAUGCUCAUAAAUCGACACUCUCAUGUGUUGUCGUUGAUGAAUUGGAAAGUUUUCUCGAAUAUGCACCAGUUGGACCACGUUAUUCAAAUACUGUAUUACAAACAUUAAAAUUAUUAUUUAAACGUUCACCACCGAAAGGACGUAAAUUACUUAUUAUAGCAACAAGUGCCUAUCGUGAUAUUCUAGAACAAUUGGGUUUAGCACAAUCAUUUAGUAAAAUCAUACACAUAUCAAAUAUUAGUACGGGAGAACAUGUACUUCAUGUAUUAAGUGAAAUUGAGCAUUCAUUUAGUGUUGAAGAAAUGAAACAUCUAAAAAAGAGUCUUGCAAAUAAACAAGUAUGGAUUGGUAUUAAAACAUUAUUGGACUUAAUUGAAGUAGCAAGACAAGCCGAUGAUAAAUAUCGUGUAGCAAGAUUUCUUGCUUCACUUGAAGAAGUGGGCGGUACGGUAUAA